AUGUACUUGGAGAACAAAGAUGGAGGAGUCAUUUCCAGAGAGCUAGAGAUGGAUUUAAAUCAAACAUCGGCUCCAGCUCAUGCAAAUGUACAUGGACAUAUGGGAGCUGAACCAAUUACUGGCAACUUUAAUGAGCUGAGGUUGCUGAAGGAGUUCCACAGGAUAGCAGCUGUUCAAGGGGAGUCCCAGAAAUCUUCUCCCGGCGGAACAGAAGAGGAUGACUGCUGUAUUGCUUUGGAUGAUGGCUUUGGCCCACUCCUCAUGCAAGAGAGGUCCCACUUUACUCUCCCCAAAUUCUUCAGUUCUAGGUCUAAGGAUACCUGUUUUACUGAAAAGACUCCUUUGUUGAAGACUUCCUCACAAGAAAAUGGGUUACAAUGCAUGACUAUUUACCAUUCAGUUUCCCUCAUGGAUGAUGAAUCUUGGGACAGUAGCUCUGCUGACUGGGAGCAAAGAUGCCCAUUAGGAAAUGAAAUUGUCAGCUUUUCCACAUCUGCUUCCUCAGAGAAGAGUGAAUUUCUGGACAGUUUUCAUGUCAAAUUCAAUCUAUCAAAACUAAGAAGCUGCUUAAGAUGUCUGAAAGUCACAGGCCUUUUUAUCUUUGGAGUUGUGUGUUCUAUUUUAUUUAGCACAUAUCCAGAUCAUGGAAAAUCCUGGCAGAUGUUGGCUGUGUCACCUCUGGAAAACUACUCUGUGAAUCUUACAGAUGUUGGUGAUUCUGCUCUACUGAAGUUAGAACUGGCCGGGUCCUUGAUUGCAGGUGUGGUUAAUCGGCCUCAAGCAGAAGAACAUGUCGUGGUUGAGGUUACUCAGUCAGAAGACCUUGGCUUCCGAAGGAGGCGCCCACAACAGCAGGUCAUCUACAACUGGACCAUCUUUUUAAACUCUAGAAGAAAUGAACGAGCUGUUACUUCCAGGACUUUUGAGAUGACUACCAGAGAGACCAUUUCAAUAAACAUUCGAGCCUUCCUCCAGAAAAAUCAAGUGAUUCCCCUUUCAAUGGCUCAUCAAUACCUCCAUGCAGACAUAGAGACCCAAGUAACUAUUGCAUCAGUCAUUUUGGCGGGAGUCUAUGUGCUCAUCAUAUUUGAGAUUGUUCACAGGAUGCUGGCGGCAAUGUUGGGCUCCCUUGCUGCAUUAGCGGCGUUAGCUGUUAUUGGUGACAGACCCAGCCUGGUCAGAGUGGUGGAGUGGAUUGAUUACGAGACACUGGCAUUAUUAUUUGGAAUGAUGAUCUUAGUGGCCAUAUUUUCAGAAACUGGAUUUUUUGACUAUUGCGCAGUUAAGGCAUACUGGUUGUCUCGAGGCAGAGUGUGGGCCAUGAUCCUCAUUCUGUGUCUCAUCGCUGCAUUCCUUUCAGCAUUUUUGGACAAUGUCACUACAAUGCUGCUCUUUACACCUGUUACCAUAAGGUUAUGUGAGGUGCUCAAUCUUGAUCCCAGGCAUGUCCUAAUAGCAGAAGUGAUUUUCACAAAUAUUGGAGGAGCUGCCACAGCUGUUGGGGAUCCACCAAAUGUGAUUAUUGUUUCCAAUCAGGAGUUGAGGAAGAUGGGAAUGGAUUUUGCUGGAUUCACAGCACACAUGUUCAUUGGAAUUUGUCUUGUACUCUUGGCCUCCUUUCCUUUCCUGAGACUCCUUUACUGGAACAAAAAGCUUUACAAUAAGGAACCAAGUGAGAUUGUCGAACUGAAACAUGAAAUCCAUGUUUGGAAGCUGACAGCGCAGCGGAUUAAUCCUGCUAGUCGUGAAGAGACAGCAGUGAAAUGCCUCCUCAUGCAGAAGGUUUUAACUCUGGAGUUUUUGCUCAAGAAGAAGCUCAAAACUUUCCAAAGACAAAUUUCCCAAGAAGAUAAAAACUGGGAGACAAAUAUCCAGGAGCUGCAAAAAAAGCAUAGGAUAGCAGACAAAAUUCUCCUCAUCAAAUGCCUGACUGUGCUGGGAUUUGUUAUCUUCAUGUUCUUUCUCAAUUCAUUUGUUCCAGGCAUUCAUCUAGAUCUUGGAUGGAUUGCGAUUCUGGGGGCUAUCUGGUUACUAGUGUUAGCUGACAUCCAUGACUUGGAGAUAAUACUGCAUAGAGUGGAAUGGGCCACCCUCCUCUUCUUUGCAGCGCUAUUUGUCCUAAUGGAGGCCUUGGCUCAUCUCCACCUGAUAGAAUAUAUUGGAGAAAAAACAGCUUUGCUAAUAAAGAUGGUCCCAGAGGAUCAGCGUCUCACUGCUGCCAUCAUCUUAGUUGUCUGGAUCUCCGCUCUGGCUUCCUCCUUGAUUGACAACAUUCCAUUCACAGCUACCAUGAUUCCUGUGCUUCUCAACUUGAGCCAAGAUCCAGAAGUCAGUCUCCCUGUUAAGCCGCUCAUCUUUUCUCUAGCCAUAGGAGCCUGCUUGGGAGGUAAUGGGACAUUAAUUGGUGCAUCAGCCAAUGUUGUUUGUGCUGGAAUUGCAGAGCAGCAUGGAUAUGGCUUCUCUUUCAUGGAAUUUUUCAGAUUGGGUUUCCCUAUGAUGCUUGUCUCCUGCACAGUUGGGAUGUGUUAUCUGCUUGUUGCGCAUGUUGUACUUGGCUGGAAUUCCUAA